GAAGGAAAACAGGUAGGUUUCCGUCCCAAAUCCCCCAAACCUCCAUCGCUGGGUCUCCGGCGAGCUCUCCGGUGCCGGCCGCCAGCACCUCCCGGCCUCCUCUUCUAAGGAUUUCCUCUAUCAAAAUAAAGAAGAAAAAUAAACCGCUCCCCCACCCAAAUCGAUCUACCCAUCUCAACCUAGCUAGGUUUCCGGCGAGGCGAUGGCCAGCCUCUGUGCCAAGGCCAGCGCCGGCCAUCUCCGCGUCUACGGCCCGCCGUUGCUUCAUGAAGGCGCCCUGUCCAUGGAGGAGAGGGAGCAGGACACAUCGCUCCUCCUCAUCAAGAUGGGGCACCACCGCAACGAAGCCGUCAAGCUGCUCGCCUCGCACCCCGAUCUGCUACGGUUCCUCGAUGCGGCGACCUGCGUCGGCCUGCUCGAUCCGGUCUCCAACAUGGUCGUCAGCGCCCUUCUUGCCGCCGCAGCAGAUCCCGUCGGCGGGGCCUCGGCGCUCGUCGGCGCCGACAAGGACGUGGAGCGGCGCUCCCUCGAUGGCCUCGUCGCCUUCCUCACCUGCUUCUUCCCUCACCUCACCGACUGGGAGGCCGUCAGGUACCUUGUCCUCGCCCAAGCCGACCCGCUCGUUGCCGCGCGCAUCGUCGUCGAGGACCGCCGCACCAAGUGCUUCCGCCCAGGCUCCGCGGCCACCAACGGCGCCCUCAAGCUCGCUCUCAAGUGCGCAAUGGUGGCCGCCAAGCAUCCGUGUCCCUCCGAGCUCGCAGGCGUGUGGCUGUCCUUGUGCUCCUCCCUCGACACCCUUGAGAAGGCCGUCUCCGUGCUCAAUUCCCCCGGCCACAUCCUCCACACUCUGGCCAAGCAGACGCCAGAUGUCCCUUGUCCUGCUCCUGUUGGCAUUGCCAGCAGCCUCAUCAGGCCAUGGGAGCUUGCCGCCCGUCGCAGUGAGCACGCCGCCACGGUGACCUGCCAGCAUUCCUGGUCACUAAGGCGAGUGCUCCUACAUACGAUCCAUGGUUUCUACCUGCAGGCACUCGCCAGGAUGCCGGGCGGCGAGCUGCGGUCUCGCUACCACCGUAGCAUGCUCAAGGCUGGCCAUUGCUACGGCCCUUUCGAUCCUGUCACCAACAUCAUCGUCAACACCAUCUGGUACGAAGCCACCUUCCCACCACUGAGUCAACUGGACGACCUCGACAUUCUCGGCACCUUGAACCUGAUGCGGAUUGAAGCACAAUCCUUGUAUGGACUUGUCUCUUUCCUCUGCACCCAUGACAAAGAUCUCAAUGCCGAUCAGGCCAUAAGGUUCCUGCUCGACACGGAUCUCAACUUGGCCGCGACAAAGCAGUGCAGCGGUGUCCAGGAAGAACAAGAAGAAGCCUUCAGGCCUGCUGCAAUUGCGGCAUGGCACCCCAGGCCUGAUGCCCAAGCAGGAUUCCUCGGUUCAUGCUGGAAGCCUCAAGUCCUGUCACUGCUGACAGAUAAUGGGGCCCAACAAGAGCUCUCCUCUAAGUGUGUCCAGCAGCUUGCCAUGCUAUUGUCAUCUGCUUUCAAUUCCACUGGCAUGUCAGUCCAGCAGAAGCAGCCAGUUGCCGUUUAUGAACGGGCGUUCAAUCUUUCCAUGUCGGAGGGACGCAAACAGCGAAGGGAUCAUAAAAGAAUCUCCAGAAAGGUCAAGGCUGCACUAAGCAGAUAUGAGAUGCAGGAUUCGGGGCACGCCUGUUAUCAGCUUCAUGUCAUCUGCGGUGUGAAUGUAUCCGUAUCUGGUCGUGACUGGAAGCGAAAAACUCGUUUUGAUGAUGACUACUACCAUCACAUACAUGCCAACUUUCUGGUGAUGCGGGAUGUUGGCUCUGUAGGUUCAGUUCCAGUACUCUUCUUUGCUGAACUUAGCAAUGACGAUGAUGGCGACAAGGAUAGCCAGCUUUUAUGUUGCCCCGUGGAUUUUCCAACACCAGGGGCUGAGCCAGUGCGCUGCCUUUUCUGCGAGCUAGAAGGGAUCAGGAUUGUGCACCCGGCUAGUGGGGAGGGAUUCCAUGGGCACGAGGUGGACUUUGGGAAGAUGGUCCGCGGAGAAGAUCUAUAUGACAACGGCUACUAUCGGGAGGUGUACAACAACGAUCGCAUUCUAAGUAAUAGCGAUUAUGUUACGGACUGGAUGCACGAUGGACUCGAGGAGGACUACAUGUACCUAGGUAGCAAUGACUUCACCAUCAAGGAAGACGACGGCCAUGAGUCGGAUGAGUAUGGAGACGAGUAGUGUAUAUAGUGACAGGGGUGUAGUAUUCACUUCACUGAUGAUCCUCGGAUUAAGCUGUAGCUAGUUUGUUUUUCAUAGGAUCAGCAAGUCUGUCGGCCUCUUGCUCUAUGCUUUUCAGUUUUGCUGGUCCUACAGAUAGACAAGACAGGUUGACAUCAAAAGGAUCCUGCAAGUCAUCAAAAGGAUAUUGCAAGUCAUCAGAAGGAUAGUGGUUUUGAGGAGUACUUGGGAAUUGUAACUCGAGAAGGAUGGACGAAAGCAAAUCGUUUUCAGCCCAUUGAAGACCGGUUUGCUAAAAGAUUAUUGCAUGAAACUUAUAAGGAUUUUUUUGGUGGGGAGAGGAUGAGGGUCAGCGAAGAGUUCACUGGGCUUCUUGGGAUACUUGGGAGUACUGAAAGGGUGUUUACUCAUGCUUAGUGCAUCAGGGCCUGACGUGAUAACUGGCUUCCCUGAAAUUUUGCUUUAAAACCAAGUCCAGGAAGUAUGAAUGGUAGGCAUACAAUACAAGGAUGAGCCAGCUUGUCAUCAGAGUUGGUAAUUCCUGGAAUGAACAAUUGGUCAGACGAUUCCUCCGUCCGCAUGGUGCGGGUAUCAUCGUUAAUAUGAGUGCACCUGAUGAUUCAAAGGGGGAUUUUACUGCCUGGCAUUAUGAAAGAAAUGGCCUUUUUACCAUGAUGUGUGCCUACACUGUUUGUUUACAACCUCAAGAAAAAAGAUAGUGCAAAACCCGGGGCAAGUGCGGCAGGAGAUUUUCUUCUUCUUCACGAAUACGCUAAGCUUGCGUUGCCGAAUAAGGUGAGAUUUUUUGCUUCACGAGUGGCCUGGGACAGCGCUUGUACUGUUUGUUGUGGCUACAAGACUGAAACUAGAUUUCGUCCUUGAAUCAAAUGGAGAAAGCAUUGCGGGCUGCGUCGCCUGGCAGUGCAAGUCCAUUGCUGGUGGAA